CCAGGUGUUCGCUGUGUGAUAUUGCGGAGAUCCAGGGACCGUUUUUUGGAGCUUUAUCGGUGUAUCAGCACGACAUGGCCUAACGUGUCGCUCGGACCUCUUGGAAUGCUGUUUUCUUCCGCCUCCACUUCUCUCAUCUCCCGGAGAAUGAAGCGGGAACACCGUUUAAAGAUGAAGACCGACACGGGGAGGAGAAUUUGAUCCGUGUUUUGUGUGUUUAUACCCUCGAUAGCGCUCGGGUUAGCCAGCUAAACUCAGAAACCCGUACCCGGAUAAUCGGAUUUGUGCGACCAUGGCCGGGCUCAUCAAGAAGCAGAUCCUGAAGCAUCUCUCCAGGUUUGCGAAGAACUUGUCGCCGGACAAAAUCAACCUGAGCACGCUGAAGGGGGAGGGUCAGCUGACCAACCUGGAGCUGGAUGAAGAGGUCCUUCAGAGUCUGCUGGACCUGCCCACCUGGCUCGCCAUCAACCGAGUGGAAUGCAACAAGGCCGCCAUCAGGAUACCAUGGACCAAGCUGAAGACUCAACCCAUCACUUUGACCCUGGAUAAGGUGGUGAUGGAGAUGAGUACCUGUGACGAGCCCCGCCCCCCCAACGGCCCGUCUCCCAUAGCGACGGCAUCAGGACAAAGUGAAUAUGGCUUUGCUGAGAAGGUGGUGGAGGGGAUGUCCCUGUCCAUCAACUCCAUCGUCAUCCGGAUCAGCGCGAAGGCCUUCAACGCCUCCUUUGAGCUCUCCCAGCUGCAGGUGUACAGCGUCAACACCAGCUGGAGCAUCAGCGACCUGCGAUUCACCCGCAUCCAGGACCCCCAGAGAGGAGAGAUUCUCACGUUCAAGGAGAUCAGCUGGCAGAUGAUCCGCAUCGAGGCCGACGCCAUCCAGAGCGCCGAGCACGAGAUGCUGAGCGCCCCCAUUCGCCUCAUCACCAACCAGUCCAAGAUCCGAGUCACUCUGAAGAGACGGAUUAAGGACUGCAACGUGGUGGCCUCCAAGCUGAUUCUGAUCCUGGAUGACCUGCUGUGGGUGCUGACCGACUCCCAGCUCAAAGCCAUGGUGCAGUACGCCAAGUCUCUCAGCGAGGCCAUGGAGAUGUCUGCGCAGCAGAGGAAGAGCAUGGCCGCAGAAGAACAGGUGUCGUCAGUGCCGCCCUCGGCCCAGCAGGUGCGCACGCAGCAGGCGUCCUCGGCGGCGGAGCAGAGCGCGUCCAUGGCCAAGCUGUUCAGCGCCUACGACGUGUGCGAGACCUCCCACCACCUCCAGAUCAUGCACCUCGACCUGCACAUCUGCGACGACAUCCACGUGAAGGAAAAAGCGAGCAAUAAGAGGAUAAUGGGUGGAGCCAUGCAGCUCUCGUUCAGCUCCAUCACUCUGGACUACUACCCUUUCCACAGAGCAGGUGACAGCUGUGAACACUGGAUGCACUACAGCGAGGCCACCAAGACCAGAGAGGGCUGGGUGCGCAGCCUGCUCGACGAGUUCCACUCCAACGUGGAGAUGUUGAAGAGCGCCGUUCGAGACCACCAAUGCCCGCCCCCUGCGCACAGUUCCCCGCAACACGCGUCCCUUAGGGACGAUGUGUAUUGGCCUCUAGGAAGUCAGGCCAGAGAAGCAGUAGGGCUUAGGGAGGCGGAGGGAGGACUCCUUGAGUGGAGCGCACACACUCAGUCUCCGGCCCAGUGCUGCUGGUGCCUUGAGCCAGGUAAGAUAAACACCUCCUCCAGCGCCUCCUUCAGUCCUCCUCUCCCGGAAAGCCCCAAGACCCAGCUCAUGUCCAGCUCUGUUGUGCUCAGGAUAGCUGACUUCAGCAUCUAUCAGGUGUCGACAGCGGACCAGUGCCGCUCCAGCCCCAAGACCAUGAUCUCCUGCAAUAAGAAGUCCUUGUAUCUUCCCCCGGAGAUGCCAGCCAUCCAUGUGGAGUUCACAGAGUACUACUUCCCCGAUGGAAAAGACUACCCGAUCCCGUGUCCCAACCUGUACCUGCAGCUGAACGCCCUGCAGCUGGUCCUGGACCCUCGCAGCCUGGUGUGGAUCAACCUGUUCGCCCUGGACCUCAGGCAGAGCCUGGAGCAGUUCAUGGAGAUCUACAAGCUCAGCGACUCGCAGACGCCCGAAGAGCACGUCGACGUCAAGGUCGACGGCCUCAUGCUCAAGGUGGUGGUUCCCAUCGAUCGGGACGCCUCCUGCCCCCCCGAUCUGCCGCGCUCCAUCUCGGUGCAGACCUCCGAAAUGGUGGCCACGAACACCCGGCAGCCGGCCAACUGCACCCGCUCCCACCUGGAGGCCCUGCUGCAGGCCUUCGAGGAGCAGCCCUUCUUCUCUCCCUGUUUCUCCUCGUUCCCUCGCUCCUCCUCCUCGGUGCCCCUCCUCCACCCCGUCUUCCAGCGCCACGCCCACGAACAAGACACCAAGCUCCACGACAUCUACCGGGGCCUGGUGGUGCCGACGUUGGGCGCCGACGCCCUCAAGAUGCCCGCCGCCGCGGACUUUUGGGCGCUGCACUUCGCCCAGUUCUGGGUGGACUACGAAGGCACCCGCGGGGGCAAAGGGCGGCCGCAGCCCUUCGUGGACUCCUUCCCUCUGACCGUGUGGGCGGGUCAGCCCGCCAAGAUUGUCCAGCACCAGGAGAAGCUGCGGUGCGGCUCGAGUUUGUCCAGGAGCACAUCUGGAGAGGGAGUCUCUCGUCUGCAGAAGAAACGACUCUUGAAGGACUAUUACAGCACCGAGGCCCCCGGUGCAACGCCGCCUCCCAGUAACGGACUCCACAAACCCGUCUCAUUGGACAACCUGCCCUCCUCCUCCUCUUUGCCAUCAUCAAGUAAAGAUGCAAAUGUGCACGUCUUGGUGCACGUGCAGAAGCAUUUAAGUGCUCAGGUGAGCCACCGGCAGUAUGUGUUUCUGAUGCACCUCCAGCGCAGCAUCAAAGCCCUGCAGCAGACUCUGCAGCAGGACCUGGAGAAGAUGAGCUCCAAGAAAGACCGCAUGGACCCCUCUCAGCAUUCUGCAGACCACCAGCCCUUCACCGUCUGCCUGGGCCUCCUGCUGAAAAGCGCAGAGGUGUCCGUGCUCCUGAACCCCGUCCCCCACCCCGAGGGCUCGGGGUCUCCUCUGGGGUCCGAGCUGUCCCCCUCGGAGAGCCGAGGAACCCUGGACGCAGCAGAGGGCGCGGAGAAGGGGAGCGCCGGGUCCGGGUCCGAGGGAGGGGCGGCCAAAGGGGGGUGCGCGGUGGACCAGCUGCUGUGGAGCGAGGGAUCAGAGCACGGUCCCGCCCCUCUCGUCCCCAUCUCCACCUCGCACUCGAAUCGCAAAGCGUCCGUGGAUGAGAGGACUUUCGCUAAGAACUCCGAGGAAGGUGGCGAGAUGGGAGCGGACGGAGGCGACGACGUGGGAGCCGGAGCCCAGACGAGUGACCCGCUGUCGGACUGCAGCGACAAAGACAAGUCCGCAGCCGGCAAGAUGCCUCAGUCCACAUCCAGCGGUCGUUUGAUGCGGGACCGCUCCCAGUCCAGUUUCUCCGUGUCCUACAAGAACAUGAAGAAGAGCCCGUCCCUGCAGUCGCUGGACAACAUCUCCAUAGACAGCUACCUGAUGGAGGACGGGGACGCGUACGGCCUGCUGGAGAGAGACGACAUGUCCAUCUCGGGCUUCAAGGACGCCGUCAGCGAACAGAGUGCCACCGAGAGCGCCACGGAGGCCGCGAUUGGCCAGGGGCAGGGGGGCGAGGGGGGCGUGUCCCCCGACACCGUCAGCGCGACCUCCCAGAGCACCGACGACCCCACCAAAGAUACCGUGUCGGUGCUGGUGCUGAAGGUCCAGUCGCUGUGCGUGGCCAUGGAGGCGUUCGGCGAGAGCGUGGCCGUGGCGCUGGAGGUGGGCCGGCUCACCCCCAGCCAGAUGGGCAACGUCAGCCUGAGGCAGUACCUCAGCACCCGCAGCCUGGGUAUGCUGUGUUCAGUACCAAUACCUGCUCACAGCAGCCAAGCCGGCGGCGGUGACGUCGGCUCGGCGUCCGCCGGCGGCCUCCACAGCCCGGAGGUGCGAGCCCGCCUGGAGAGCGGCCCCUGCGCCGCCGCUCACUCCCCAUUGGCCGAGCGCAACGGCUUCCUGCAGCUGCGUCUCCACGGCUACCGGGCGAGCUUCCUGAUGUCCACGCUGCGCAACCUGGCCCACUUCCUGGAGGACGACUCGGCGCCGCAGGUGCUGCCCAUGGAGAUCAGCGUCCGGGACACGCACGUCGACCUCAAGGACGACGGUCCCCGUGACAACCCCUCCGACUCGGAGCCCUCGCCCUUCACGCUGCACGUGAACAGCCUCGUCAUCCACCGAGCGGACGACGGCUCCUUCUCCAUCGGAGUGGACACAGCAGCUGAGACCAAACUCAGGGACGAGGGCGCUCCGACUGCGGUCACUGACGUUGGGGGCGGCGGCAUACUAAAGCCCACACAGACUCGAGCCCCGCCCACAUAUACCCAAGCCCCGCCCACCAGCCCUCCUCCAACCACCAGAGAAAAGAUGCUGGUGGAGGAAAACGAAUGUUUAAAAGUGGAGCUGUCCCGAACCAAGAUGGCGCUGGCCGAGGCUCAGAUGGAGAAGGACUCGCUGCUGCACCGCAUGAAGACCCUCAGAGUCAACACCACCUAGUCCUCCAGCCCCCCCCCCACCAGAAAGUAAACGAGCAAAGAGGAGACAAAAAAGAAGUCUAACUCGACUCCCUUUACACGCUUCAGAAUAAUUCCCUCAUAAAGCAAACGCAGAGUCCGACGUGAGACUCAAGAAAACUUGUUUUCACGCGCUUGUCGUCUGUUUUAGAGGCUUGGAGAGUUGAAAAGGGACAUUUAACAGGACUGUGUGUGUGUGUGUGUGUUUGUUUAUGUGCGUGAGAGAAAAAGAAAGGAUGAGGAUCUACAUCCGUGGCCUUGCCUACAGAAAAGCCUCCCCACGCCGACUCCCAGCCGGCCUGAGGUGAGCUCCACCUGAACGUACGGAGGAAAACUGAAUGUCGUAUCUUUCGGAGCAAUGUCUUAAAAAAAGAAGAAAAAAAACUAAACUAAAAAGAUUUAUUUUGCACCAAGCAGCAAUGGAACUUGUAAUUUAGUGCGUUUCAUAUCCAGACGGGUCGAGACCCAAUCACCCUCGUCCUCGGAGUGUGUACAGUGUAUAUUGUAUAAGAAUGUGAACACAUGACUAUUUUCUUCAGAACUAUGAAUGGUUAUGCAGUGCUGCGUGUGUGCGUGUGUGUGCGUGUGCGUGUGUGUCUCAGCCAGAACAAGCAUUUCAUUCCCCCGUUUAGAGGAUACAUUUAUAUCGGUCAGUCCCACAGCUUUGUCAGCAAAAUGCCCCUCAAUAAUGUCUGUACCCCCCCCCCUCCUCCACACACCCCUCUUAUUUUUCUAUGUGUAAAUAUCUACUCGACAUGUGCAGCACUUUUAAAAAACGGAGGCACUGUAAAUACAACAAACUACAACUGUGAGAGAGAAGAGAUGUAGAACGUGUGUGUGCUCCCUUCUUUAAAAAAAUAAUAAAAAGACACAAUAAAAAGAAGGAGAAUUAAAGCGCAUUGAAGCUGCCUAACUUUUCACAUUUAAGUCUAUGAACAUUUCUUUAUGGAUGGGUGUCGGCCAUUUCUGCUGCUGUUCCCUGCUUAUCGUCAGGGGGAAACCCCGGAGUAAAUCUAAAAAAAUGACUAACGAUGGACUUGGCUCGUUAUAAAAGAUGAACACGGGACCUCCUCUCCGGUGUCGGUAGAUUCAUCGCAGCCUGAUUAUGCAACUCGUAACGUGUGCUUUGGCUCGGUCCACUUCAUUUCAAUAUCUUUCUUUUUUUUCCCGUUAAAAGACGUGAAACUAUUUCCACAAAUGUGGUUUCAAGACUUGAAAUUUCCGAAGCGAGAUUUCAUCACGAUUGUACUGUGGAGAGUUUUGUGUUUUUGGUGGAGAGGAAAACGUGUUGGGUUUCAUCUGGUGUUUCUCCUCCUGAGGCUCCUCCCCCUCUGGGAGACUCUUCCCCCUUACAACCCUGUGGAGGAAAGAAAAGAAAACACAAUAAGUUGUAUUUUGUCUGUCAAAGCUGCUGAAAUACUGAUAACAAUAAAAGGGUAUCCAAUUUAAAA